UUACUUGUAAUUCACUCGUUUCCUAGCUCAAAAAUCUCACAUACACAAUCACAUCUGUAAGCUGAAAAAAAAAUGUCAGAUUAUCUACCGAAGGAUGUUCUUGUCGAAAUUCUAUCAAAACUACCUUUAAAAUCUCUAAUUCACUGCACCACCGUAUGCAAAUCAUGGUAUUCCUUAAUCACAAACCCUAAUUUCAUUUCCGUACAUCACAAUACCCAAAUCAUCAGCAACACCAAUCGCCGGCCUUUAUUAUUCGUUCGUCACUACAACAUGUUCGACAGGGUCGAACGUUACGCUUUACACUUCGACGAUGAAGAUGAAAAUGAUUCCCCGGAUGUUGAUUCGUUCCAGGAAUAUCUAGAGCUGAAAUGCCCCGAAAAGAGUCGUAGUGAGUAUUUAAGAAUCAUUGGUUGCUGUAAUGGUCUUAUUUGCCUUUCUGAUGAUUAUGAUAAAUAUACGGAUACAGUGAUUUUAUGGAACCCUAUAAUUCGUAAACAUUUGAAGUUGCCCAGGCCUAAUUUAGGGUAUAAUGGACGUGGAUCUUGUAUUUAUGGGUUUGGAUUUGAUGUUGUGAAGAAUGACUAUAAAGUUGUUAGAGUUGUUUAUAAUAGUACUGCUACUGAGGAUUAUAAGUUGCAGUUUCCACCAACUAUUGAGUUUCUUGAUAAAUUGAGGGCAGUUAAAUUCUUGGUUCCACCUGGGAUUGAGGUUUUCUCUUUGAGUAGUGGGGUUUGGAGGAGCAUUUCUGAUGUGGGUCCUUCGUAUAUUUUGCAUCAGAAUCAUUCUGUUUCGGCUUAUCUUAAUGGUGCCGUUCAUUGGAUUGCAUCUAAUUCGGGUGAUGAUGAUGAUGAUGGUAAUGGUGAUAGUAGUAAUAAUAAUAACAGUAGCAGCAGCAGCAGCAGUGGUAAUAAUAAAGAUUAUAGCUUUAUUGUAGCAUUUCAUGUGGGAACUGAAAAUUUUAGUGAAAUACGUUUGCCAGAUAGUGUUGCUGAGAGAAAUGUGAUGAAAUUGGAUGUGAUGGUUAUGGGCACAUCGCUCACGCUAGUCGAGUAUGAAAAGUUUUGGCAGAGUGAUUAUUGCUGGAUAUGGGUGAUGAAAGAGUAUGGUGUGGUGAAGUCUUGGAGUAGACUUCAUAAUAUUGAUUUGAGAGGAGGGUUCAGGAAUAUUGUGGGAUUUAGGGCUCACGGCGAGUUAUUGAUUUCUGCCAGAAUGGUAGGAAUGGUUUCAUACAACCCCAAGAAGAUAAGCAUAAGCUAUCUUGGAGUCCAUGGCACCAAUCGCUCGUUUCAUGGUGAGCCUUUUUUCGAGAGCCUGGCUUUAGUCGGGAAAGAAGAUAGAUUCGUAGAGCAGGCAAAUUCGACUGCUGAUGUUGUUCAAGAAGUUGGUUCUGUACUGGAUAGCGGUGAAGAUGAAACUGAGGAACAUACAUGAUAGUUGAUCCAGUUCUACAGAUCUACUUUGUAUAUGGAGAAGGUGCACACAUACUGGGGGAGCCUUUAAAACACUGUCACAUAAAGGACACUUCAGUUUUUAAAUCUAAGGAGGCAUGUUAGUGAUCCAAAAAACUCCCGAGGUUCCUCCUGCUGUAACUUCAUCCAUCUGCAUUUUCUGCCCCACUUUUCCAAGCAUCGUAUGCCAUGACCCCCUCUUCUGUGAAACUCCAUUGCGGAACCUUUCUUCCCGAUCCCUCCAGCGUACUGCCAUGUCCAAUCCCUCCAUUGGGCGUUAGGGUAAACUGAGCUGAAGAAACUGUUGGAAAUUUAAGGGAGAUGUCGAGGGAAGCAGCAUCGGGAGGAUUAUAUGUCAUUCAGAAAUUGGAGGAGUCCUGCGCAAAGAAGCGUACUGCUGUGUCCAAACCUCCAUUGGGCAUUAGGGUAAACUGAGCUGAAGAAACUGGUGGAAAGUUAGGGGAGAUGUCGAGGGAAGCAGUAUCGGGAGGAUUACAUGUCAUUCAGAAAUUGGAGGAGUCCUGCGCAAAGAAGCGUACUGCUGUGUCCAAUCCUCCAUUGGGCGUUUGGGUAAACUGAGCUGAAGAAACUGCUGGGAAGUUAGGGGAGAUGUCGAAGGAAGCAGUGUUGGGAGGAUUACAUGUCGUUCAGAAAUUGAAGUGAGUGGGCAACGAACUAAUAUCUCAGCUGAGAUCUUUUAUAAGCCUCUGGACUUCAAAGAUGUAAGGAAAUUCAAGACAAGUUGGGCAACUGCCUGAUCAGUAUCUUGACGAGCCAAUGAUAUCCUUCUCCGCAUGCAGUUUUUGUUCAUGUGUUAUUAUGUCUAUGCUUGUUCUCCUUGGUGACAAGGUGGGUUGCUCUGAUGGUAAGCACCCUCCACUUCCAGCCAAGAGGUUGUGAGUUCGAGUCACUCCAAGAGCAAGGUGGGGAGUUCUUGGAGGGAAGGAUGCCGAGGGUCUAUUGGAAACAACCUCUCUACUCCAGGGUAGGGGUAAGGUGUGCGUACACACUACCCUCCCCAGACCCCACUAGUGGAAUUAUACUGGGUUGUUUUUGCUUGUUCUCCUUGGUAAUGGUCAUCCUGUCUCCUGACAUUGACCUAAAUCUCUCUGUCUUUCUCUCUUGAGUUGGUCGCUCAAGGAUGUAAACCUUUUGUCUGAUUUAGGCAACUGUUCUCAGGAAUACUAGAUUGUAGCAACACAACAGUUGGAUGAAAAUUUUAUCGGAGAGGUUUACUGGUUCACGCCUUGGAUUGUCAAGCGUCCUCAUGUGAUGCUAGCUUCUGACAUCGCCACCUGAUCGAAUGUUUCUAUUUUCUUUUCAUGACUAGUAAAAUGUAUUUGCAUGCUUGCUCAGUGUAUAUAUCUAGGAAAUUUAAGGAUUUUCAAAUAUAUUUUUUGCAAUGAUGGGUCAUGAUAGAUCUUUUUGCUAUUUGUACAAAACAAAAGAAUUCCCAGGCUACACGAUAACAAAUUCUCACACCUCAAGCAGUUUUAAAUGAGGAAUAUUCUGAUGCAAGUUGUUAUUUAUGUACUUAUUGUCCAGCUAACUUAUGAUGGGGACAUGAAGUUAGAAUUUAGAAUACUAAUUCCCAGGCGGACAAAAAGUAACGCAAUCAACAUUUUUGGUUUCAAUCACCUUGUCAGUUUGUGAUGAUUGAUAAUUGUAUUCAACUCUUGUCCCCUUUUACCUGCAAAGGUUCUCUUCAUCUCUGAGUUUCUUACUUGGUUAGUACUUAGUACUUAUCUUCAGAUCUGAUGUCUUGAUAGUAUACCUAACAAAGGUUUCUGUGCUUUGUUAGUUCUGAUAUUACUUUGUUCAUGGACUCCAUUCAUAAAAGAGAAAGGAAGCCGGCUGGUGAGAGCAGACAUCUGAUGGAUAGUCUGCAAAAUGAAAUAGCACUCGACAUAGUUUCGAGGCUUCCUAUUUCAUCUCUCAUUCAGUUCAGGUUUGUAUGCCAAACUUGGAAUAUGUUAACACAUGAUUCACGCCUUGUCGAUCUGCACUUGACUCGUGCAUUGAAGAUCAAUCCAUGCAUCAUCUUUAAAAGUUACCAUCCUCAAAAAGAGCAGCUUUUCUUUGUUGAACUAUCUGAUCAUGAUGAUGAUGAACACACAUUGAGAGAGAUUCAGAUUCCCUUUUCAGCAUCCAUGGCAAAAUUUCGAGUAGUAGGAUCAUGUAAAGGCCUGCUAUGCCUAUCUGGCGUCUACGACCAUCAAGCUGUGUACAUAUACAAUCCUUUUACCGCAGAACACAAGAAGUUGCCACAUUGUAAUCAUGAGUUUGAAGUGAAUGAAGUGGUUUAUGGUUUUGGAUUUCAUCCUGCUACUAAUGAGUACAAGGUUAUUAAAAUAGGCUACUAUCCUCAUGUCUACUAUGCAACUUGGUCUCCGGUAAAUACACACGAUCAUGAUCUUCCACGUUCAGAAGUUCACGUGUUCAGCCUAGGAAGCAAUACUUGGAGAAAUUUAGGGGAAUUACCUUACAAGCUUCAUCAUUCACCUGGUGUUUUGGUCAGUGGAAGACUCCAUUGGGUGACUAGAUUUAACUGGCACCUUGAUCGCCUUAUCGUUUCCUUUGACCUAUUUAAUGAUGCAUUUCAAGAAGUUCCACGACCUGACUUCAAUGUCAACUUAUUUCAUUGUAGUUAUCAUCUGGCUUCACUCAGAGGGUGUCUAUGCACGUGUUUAUUAACCUCUAAUGGCGAGAACUUGGAAAUUUGGAUCAUGGAAGCGUAUAACAAGAAAGAAUCUUGGGUGAAAGAGUACAAUAUUGGAGCUUCUUCAAUUGUGGGUCAAGAUAUGUCACCCCAAUCAUAUGACAUUUGGAGGACUAGUUUGCAGAAGGGAACUGUUAAAGUGAUGUGCAUGCUUAAGAAUGGUAGCAUCUUGCUAGAUUGUCAAGGUGGGAUUUUAAUUGCCUAUAGCAUGCAUGAGAAAAUAUUGAAGAUCAUAAGCAUUUCUGGUAUGCCCAAGUCCUGUCAAGCAACUCCUCAUGUUGGAAGCCUUAAUUGGAUAGCUAACCCCACUUAGUUUGAAGUGGUAAACAAUGUCUCUGAAUCCUUUUGCCAGAGAAUUUUGUUAUGUGUCAACUGACCGUUCUUAUCCUUUCUCUAUGUAUUAUAUGUUUCCUUAGCUUUUGGCUGUAUGGACACAUUGAAGAAAUCAAUAAAACCAGAAUUUUCUUUUA